UAGAUGGAUGAGAUGCCUGAGUCAUUUACACAGAACCAAGAAAAAACAGAGUCAUUUAGUUAUCUACAUGAACUAAAUGAGCAUGUACAGGAACAGUUCAGGACCAGAGAACAGCCAGCUGUUGAUCUCAAUGAAGCUGAAUGUAUUGUUGAUGGGUAUUCAGAUGAAAAAAUUCUUUUGGAAAGAGAAAUUCAGGAAAAGGCCUGCAUAGUAGAUCAUAUAGAUCAGGAGUUGCUAUGCAUGAGCGGGAGACUUCCAAAACUUGAAGAAGAGCAACAGCAAAUACAGGAGGAGCGAGCUUUGCUGUCCAGGCAGAAGGAGGCCAUGGGAGCAGGGGCUGGCCCAGUGGAGCAGCGGCCAGCAGAUGUUGAGGUCGAUGCAGCUCCUGGAGCAGAAACUCUGAACAAAGGACACAUGGACCAGGAGCAACUGCACACUGUACCUAUGGAAAGUGUUGGCAUGGCUGCCGAUGAGCUCCAGGCUGAUGCACUGCAGCCUGAAGAUGUCUCUGCCCAGGACUCUUCUGAGCUUCUAAAGACCCUGACUCCUGUCGGUGGCCUUAAACAAAACUGCAAAGGUUACCGAAGUCAGGAAGCACAGUUACUAACCCUGGAGCAAGGAAAGUCAAAACCAGAACUUCUUCAAAAGAAGAUCAAUAUUCUUCAAAAUUUACUAGUAGAGAAAAUAGCUGAAGCCACCGUUAGUCAAGCUCAACUGGAGGCCUUUCAGCAGUACGUGAAGUACCUCCAAGAGAAGAGAACAUCAGAACUAGAAAUGACAGAUAGGUACAAUGUAAAUCCUCUGACAGGAGACAACACAGUAUUAGACAUCUACACAUUAAGUAUGAGACUAGAACAGUUAGAGAACCAAGUAGCUGAAAUGCGUUCUAGUUUCAUUGCAGAGAAAAAACAACUCGAAAUUACAAAGAAAAGGGUUUCUGAUAUAGAAAACAUACUGAAGCUACAGAUGCCUCUAGAUGAGGACACUACAAAAAGGCAGGAGAUUAAAGAAAAUGAAAGAAGCCUUCAAGAUUUGGAUAUAUCUGAGACAAGAGUUGAUGUCAUUCAUGCCAGUGGAGACCGUGGAUUUUUGGAUGAACUUGAAGCUCUUGGAGCCAGAUCGGUGUCUCACAAAGAACGAGACCGUUAUAAAGAACAAGCAUACAGCCAUGAAGAGCUUUUGGGCAGUGAAUACGGAACACCUGUGGAAUGUCUCCAGACAUCUGACAGAAGGACUGUGUCAGCUGAAAAUCACACAUUAAAUAUGCAAAUUAAUGGAAGGAAAAUGAAUGGGACCAGAGAACGAGACACUUCAAGCCAAAGUGUUUGCAUGAGCACUAGCAUGGAUUUACAGCCAGCUGGAAGCAUUCAGUUUGUUGCUCCGUAAAAAUGUUUUAUUCAGGCAAAUUAUCUCAUUGCACACAGGAGAUAAUUGAUAGUAUUACUAUCAGUGUUAAUAGUUGUCAAAUUGGUUUUAAAUAUCUAUGUUUUAUUUUAAAUAAAGAAGUAGUACGUUGA